UGCAUUCCUAUCAUUAAGUUAAUUAUACAGUUAUUGAGUGUUUGUUUUGGGGGGAAAUAUGAAAGUAGCUACCUUUAAAUUUCUUGUAUACUGGUUUGUUUUGUUAAUUUACAGCACAUCACAUCCUAAUGCCACCUGUGUUUAGAUAUCACAUAUAAUAAUAUUUAAAAACACUGCACAGCAAUAAUUUACAGUUUGCUAUCUUAAUUUUCUUUUUUAAAAGAUUCAGCACACCAAUGAAGUCACUCAAAAAUGUCUUUAAUGUACAGCUUUAAAAUUUCAGUUUGGUUGUUGUACAGAGCAUUUACCUGCAGGUGUCGCAGUAACUCCAAACUCAAUACUCACAUGCGUUCAACUUUUUUGUCAGGGAGCAAAUGAUUUGCCUUAGUAACCCACUUUAAAACAAUAAAAAUAACAGAAAAUAAAAAAAUAAAUGAAAGUGGUGAAUAAAGUAUACCAUGAUGAAUCAUCUGAAUGAUUCAUUUGCAUGAAUCAAAGCUCAAACUGAAUGGGCAGCUCGUUUAAUCAGAAACAGCCUCCACAAACUGGCGUUGGCCCUUAAAUCCAUAAAGUUUUUAUGUAUUCUUGUUAUUAUACAGCAAAUAAACGUGUCGGGUGCGAAACUAAUUGUCCUGACUGGAUUCAGGCUGCAGGUCUGUCCCAUGAACAGAAGGCGAAAGCUGAUCUCAGAGCAGAUGAGGGAGAUCCCCCCGUGUGGACUUCAGAGGCACGUUUGCAAAUCCUGAAGAUCCUCAGCAGAGUUCAGGACAGUGAGAGAGGAACUGAGCCGCAGAAAGGGAAAAUAUUAUUUUCUGCGCUGGAGAUGAAGCAUCCUACAUGUGUUUACUUUAAUUUAGUAGGGCUCCUGACUGUAGCUGUGAUUCCUGUGUCUUUGGGUGAAAUGUACACGUCGCUGCUGAACGUAAAGCAGGCGGUCAGUGUAGAACGGAAGCUGAUCGAUUACUUGAGAAUUUACAUUGACGACGAGUUUGAGAGGCUGGAGGACAUCAGACGCUUUUAUGCCAAAGUGUCUGACCUGCACACUGAACUUUACAAAGGCCCGGGGACUGCGAUGGCAAACCCGCUGGUGGCAUUCACCCUGAUCAAGCGGCUGCAUUCAGAGUGGCUGAACGUAGUCUACAGCAACGAAGCCCUGGAGAACACACAAGCCCUCAGGUCCAGUUACGAGGAGGAAGAGGCCGAUCUGCCCAAACUGGAAGACCUCCAGGGGGCAGCUAAAGGGCUGAUGAGGCUGCAGGAUGUGUAUUCUCUCCAAGUUGCAAGCCUCGUAAGGGGUCGUUUCCAGAGAGUCACUAAUGGCAAGCCUACUGAUAUCUACCUCCCCGCUGUGUCUGUCUCACUGUCUGGUGAUGACUGCUUUCUGGUUGGAAAGGUGGCCUACGAGCAGGAAGACUACUACCACUCAGUGCAGUGGUUGGAGGAGUCGGUGCGUCUCUUCAGGGGAGCAGGAGGCGAGUGGAGCCCUGAGAAUGAAGGGACUUUAGAGGAUGCUCUGGAUCACCUGGCCUUCUCUCACUUUAAAACAGGAAACGUCUCCUAUGCUCUCAGUCUAUCUCAGGAGUUACUGCAUCGUGAUCCAAUGAAUGAAAGAGUUUUGCAGAAUGUUGAGAAAUACGAGAAGCUGUUGGUUACGAGUCCAUCCAAAUCAGUCAGGCGUGAUGGGCUGAGGAGACCCACCUCCAGUCAUUUAAGGACCAGGGACACUUACGAGAGACUCUGCCAGACCCAAGGCUCUCAGCAGCCAGCGCAUUUUGAAAACCCCAGACUAUUCUGCGACUACUUCACCAACGGCAAUCCUGGACUGCUAUUGCUGCCAGUAAGACGUGAAGUGCUUAGCCUGCAGCCAUAUGUGGUCCUGUACCACAACUUCAUCAGUGACACAGAGACUGAGGACAUCAAGGGGCUCGCCCAGCCAGGAUUGAAACGAUCUGUGGUGGCAGCUGGAGAGAAACAAGCAACAGCAGAGUAUCGCAUCAGCAAGAGUGCAUGGCUAAAGGGCUCAGCACAGUCCACUGUUGGAAAGCUGGACCAGAAGAUCUCCAUGCUCACGGGUCUGAAUGUGAAGCAUCCAUAUGGCGAGUACCUCCAAGUGGUGAAUUAUGGGAUUGGUGGCCAUUAUGAGCCUCACUUUGACCAUGCUACAUCACCCUCAAGUCCCGUGUUCAAGCUGAAAACUGGGAAUCGAGUGGCAACUUUUAUGAUAUAUCUCAGCUCUGUCGAGGCAGGUGGGUCCACAGCCUUCAUCUACGCCAACUUCAGUGUUCCUGUCGUGGAGAAAGCUGCCAUCUUCUGGUGGAAUCUCCAUAGAAAUGGUCAAGGAGAUGUAGACACGCUGCAUGCUGGCUGCCCUGUGCUUAUUGGGGACAAAUGGGUGGCUAACAAAUGGAUCCAUGAGCAUGGCCAAGAGUUCCAACAUCGCUGCAGCCUGAACCCUGAAGAGUGAGAGGGGUGGAGCGAUAGCUGGGCCCCUUGGAGUAAAAGAGCCAGCCUCUACAAUUGAGAGGCACACGGAGAGAAGGAGGGAGCCAGAAAGUGAGCACACAGGCAGGGGGGGUCAGAGCCAUUAUGGGACAGUCUACAUCUGUGAUUGGAGCCCUGAGCCCCAGGGAGCCUGAAGCGUACAGUACAGUGCUGCAGUGGACAUGGAUAGCACAAGGCUGAGAGGCGGGGGAGAAGGGGCAGUUGGCAAUCAGCCCCCCCGAGGCCAAAUGCUCUCUUGCUCCUACUGGCCAGCUCCUGCAGAUGGAGAGAGGCCUCUGCCUUUGCACACUGUUGCUGGUUUCAGUUAACUGUGCAAGGCUGUUUACCUCCUGCUUGCUUAAAAACUGACAUCUUAUGCAGCCCUUUUCCUACAAUGGGCCCACUCUAGGGUCUGUCAUUGCAAAUCAACACAGCUGAACUUGGUACAGACUCUCAGAACUUUAUUUCUAAUGUGUAGAUGCAGAAGUUUACAAAGAUACCUAAUGUGCCUUGCUGAAUCACAGUGAAAUGAUGCACAGGUAUCUAGAAUUUUCUAUUUGAUGUUAUGUUGCAGCCAAAAAUAAAUGCUGUUUUUGGAUUUGAA